AUGGCAAUACGACUACAUGCGCUGUAUGGCCAGUCCAGGGCUGUUCUUCGUACUCUCCUAGUGUGUUUUGUCAUUGAACAGUCGAUCUGCCUUGCCACACACAUCAUUGCGUACUAUCCUGGCAACGGAUUGACAGUUCAAGCGGGGAACUUCUCGGGCCAACGAUUUUGCGUCUUCGACGGCCCCCGAAAAGCAACUUGGGCACUGCCAGCGAAUAACGCCGCGCUGCUGACAUACGAGGUGAUGCUCGCCGGCUUCACGCUGCAUCGUUUUGUCACGCAUCUCCUGAGCGAACGCCGGUACCAUGAAGGAUGGCUGGGAAACCACUUCCUGCGGAUACUGUAUCGCGACAACGUGCUGUAUUCUAUGCUAACGCUGUCAACAAUGACGAUCAUCGAGAUAUCAUACGCGCCCGUGUUCAAAAGCGUCGACACAGGGCUAGCGGCCGACUUCGACACGAACGCCGCGUUGUACACCUACCUUCUGUGCGUCAUGGGGCCGCACAUGAUCCUGAGCAUCCGCCAGCACGACACCAACGACAUGGCGAGCAACACAACAGACACAUUUGAAAUGCAUAGGACGUACAUCGAGUUUGCGCAGGGAUCAGGAAUGUCGUCGACGUUGAGGAGUGCAUGA